AUGCUGUCAGAGGCUCAACGGCCUCCUGCGGAUCCAACUGGUGCUACAGAGAAUUUGCUUAUGCUCGCCAUCCAGGAGCGCCUACAGAAUCAACUUCGUCCCAAUGCUAACCUAUUCAAUCAUCAACUGAACCUUAAUCAGACGAUCACUCAGGAUGCCAAUCGGCUAUUCCAACAAAUGUUGCCGCUUCUUGGCCUACCGCCAAUCUUACCUGGACUGCCGAAUCCGCUAGAUUUAGGCUGUCUGCCCGGAACAUCCAUGACACAUCCAUUAUGGCAGCACAACCUUUGUGCCUGGCCUGAAUGUAAUCAUCCUUGUGAGAAUCUAGCUGUAUUCCUUAGUCAUUUAUCACAAGCACACACUUUCAACGAAAGAUCUACCUCCGAUAUGCGCGUGCAAGUCGAAUUGGUCGAUAGCCUCGAGCAUCGCUUAACAAAGGAACGUAACCGGUUGCAAGCGAUGAUGCAGCACUUGCAUAUGAAACAAUCGCCCGACACCACGACGCCAACUAUCGGCAAGAUUGAGAGUAACACAUCGCCAUUGUUGUCUCCAAAACAGGAACCUGCAUUCUCAGCGAUUUCCUCGCUUUCCACACAAUCGGCUGCAGUUCAGUCAUCCCUGCCUUCCGUCUCGUUGUCAAUUUCGGAAGCCGCCACCACGCCGAUGUCGAUACCGGCACCCUCGGUGGUUUCCUCCGAAGGUUCUCCGAAUUCUGGUGACCCACAAUCUCAGAAACCCUUUGUGCCGAGGAGAAGUCGCAUCUCAGACAAAUCCGUGCUUCCUAUCUCUGCAGAUAUUGCUCGGAAUAGAGAUUUUUACCGUACAAACGAUGUUCGCCCACCGUAUACCUACGCAUCGCUUAUACGACAAGCGAUCAUGGAAUCACCGGAAUGUCAAUUAACCCUUAACGAGAUCUACACAUGGUUCACAGAGACGUUUGCGUACUUUAGAAGAAACGCAGCCACAUGGAAGAAUGCUGUGCGACACAACCUAUCGUUGCACAAAUGCUUCCAACGUGUUGAACAAAAUGUGAAAGGAGCAGUGUGGACCGUGGACGACAGUGAAUUUUACCGUAGACGGCCACAACGUACGGCGGCCACCCGAAGUCAACCGAACACUCCCCUACCGGAAGAAAUGUUGGCGCAGCGGCUUAUCGAUCAAACCGCAUUGAGUAUGAUUGAGAACCGAGUGGAUGGCAGUGUGCACCUAGCUGAUACUACAUUGCUUAACGGUGGAUUAGAAGGAGUACUGUCUUUCUUGACUAGCACUGGCGACGGCAACCCACUUUCUUUAUUGUCGGCUGCCGCUGCGGCUUCUGAACAAAGCUCAUGUUCUGUCACACCGAAUUUGCUGGUCAAGGAAGAACCGCGAGACGGUUCAAUCGAAAUCGAUGCUGUAGCACAAGCGGCUCAGAUCCAGAAUCACCUGAAUGGUAGAUUAGAUGCUCAUGAUCCAGAUGCGACUCCACCAGCUGAGGAUGAAUCCAGACUGGUAGUUGAUGAACAACCUCAACCGCCCACUCCGACAGUAGCAUCAAGCUGCUGA